GGAGGCCCCGCCCACCGCGCGCAGGCCCUGCGGCACCUCCCGGCCCGGCUGAACGCGUCCCCUUUAAGGGGGCAGGCCUGGGGGGUCUGGGGCCGGCGUGCGGGAGGGACGCUUGGAUGCCUCGAGGACGCCGUUCGGGCCGGGAGGGUCCCGCGGGUCCCACUGACCCACACGGGGUGGGGUCAGGGGCGGACGAUCGCCCGUACGCGGUAGCUACUGAACAUGCUUGGGCCAGAGGCCGAUGGCAGGCGCCCCACGCAGGGGGAGCGAGGCCCAGGGUACCCCGGAGAGCCCAUGGACAAGUACCAGGUUUUGUACCAGCUGAAUCCUGGGGCCUUGGGGGUGAACCUGGUGGUGGAGGAAAUGGAAACCAAAGUCAAGCGUGUGAUAAAGCAGGUGGAAUGCAUGGAUGACCAUCAAGCCAGUCAGGCCCUGGAGGAGCUGAUGCCACUGCUGAAGCUGCAGCACGCCCACAUCUCUGUGUACCGGGAGCUGUUCAUCACGUGGAAUGGGGAGAUCUCUUCUCUGUACCUCUGCCUGGUGAUGGAGUUCAACAAGCUCAGCUUCCAGGAGGUCAUUGAGGAUAAGAGGAAGGCAAAGGAAAUCAUUGACUCUAAGUGGAUGCAGAAUGUGCUGGGCCAGGUGCUGGACGCGCUGGAAUACCUGCACCAUUUGGACAUCAUCCACAGAAAUCUCAAACCCUCCAACAUCAUCCUCGUCAGCAGUGACCACUGCAAACUGCAGGACCUGAGCUCCAACGUGCUAAUGACGAACAAAGCCAAAUGGAAUAUCCGUGCGGAGGAAGACCCCUUUCAUAAGUCCUGGAUGGCCCCUGAAGCCCUCAACUUCUCCUUCAGCCAGAAAUCAGACAUCUGGUCGCUGGGCUGCAUCAUUCUGGACAUGACCAGCUGCUCCUUCAUGGCUAGCACAGAAGCCAUGUAUCUGCGGAAGUCCCUCCGCCAGAGCUCGGGCAGCCUGGAGACCGUCCUGAAGACAAUGGAGGAGAAGCAGAUCCCGGAUGCAGAAACCUUCGGGAAUCUUCUGCCCAGGAUGCUCCAGAUCGACCCCUCGGAUCGAAUAACGAUAAAGGACGUGGUGCACAUCACCUUCGUGAGCGGCUCCUUCAAAUCCUCAUGCAUCUCUCUGACCCUGUACCGGGAGACGGUGCCCGCGUCCAUCACCGACAUGCUGUUAGAAGGCAACGUGGCCAGCAUUUUAGAUCUGAGGAGGGGAUACAUACACAGCAGCCAGGCCAGUGUGGUGCCCAGAGACAGGGCCCUGAGGCCCUGGUCCUCAGAAAGGUCCCUCCCCUGCCUUCCUGUCCCUGCAGAGGUCAUGCAGAACUUCUCUGGCUGGCCCGAAGUCCAGUUCAGGGCCAUGAAGAGGCUUCUGAAAAUGCCUGCAGAUCAGCUAGGUCUGCCGUGGUGCCCGGAGCUGGUGGAGGUGGUGGUCACGACCAUGCAGCUGCAUGACAGGGUCCUUGACAUCCAGCUGUGUGCCUGCUCCCUGCUGCUGCAUCUCCUGGGCCAAGCGAUGGUGCACCACCUGGAAGCCAAGGCCCUCUGUAACCAAGCCAUCACCUCCGCCGUGCUGCGUGCUCUCUGGAGCUACCCCGAGGAGGAGUCGCUCCUUGUCUUGGUCUACAGCCUGCUAGCCAUCACCACAACCCAGGAGUCAGAGUCGGAGUCAGAGUCAGUGUCAGAGGAGCUGCAGAACGCCGGGCUGCUGGAGCACAUCCUGGAGCACCUCAACAGCUCCCUCGAAAGCAGGGACGUCUGCGUCAGUGGCCUGGGCCUGCUCUGGGCCCUCCUGCUGGAUGGUAUCAUUGUGAACAAGGCCCCUUUGGAGAAGGUCCCGGACCUCAUCAGCCAGGUGCUGGCCACCUACCCUGCGGAUGGGGAAAUGGCGGAAGCCAGCUGCGGCGUCUUCUGGCUGCUGUCCCUACUGGGCUGCAUCAAGGAGCAGCAGUUUGAACAAGUGGUGGCGCUGCUCCUGCAAAGCAUCCGGCUGUGCCAGAACAGAGUCCUGCUGGUGAACAACGCCUACCGGGGCCUGGCCAGCCUGGUGGAAGUGUCAGAGCUGGCGGCCUUCAAGGUGGUGGUGCAGGAGGAGGGCAGCAGUGGCCUCAGCCUGGUCAAGGAGACCUACCAGCUCCACAAGGAUGACCCGGAGGUGGUGGAGAACGUGGGCAUGCUGCUGGUCCACUUGGCUUCCUACGAGGAGAUCCUGCCGGAGCUGGUGUCCAGCAGUAUGAAGGCCCUGGUCCAGGAGAUCAAGGAGCGCUUCACCUCCAGCCUGGUGAGUGACAGCAGCGCCUUCAGCAAACCAGGCCUCCCUCCAGGUGGAAGCCCCCAGCUGGGGUGCACCGCGUCCGGGGCCUGGAACAGAUGAUUGCAUGGAACUGACCUUGAUCUCCACAUGUAUGGUUUUCAAGACUGCUCUCCCACCUGCCUAUCAUCCUGUCUCUAUGACUGGGCCAAAAUCAAUCUUCAACAGGAGGGGUCAUCAGACCUCUCCAGAGUUUCCUGUCCAUGACUACUGGAUUGAGUCACAUGAGUAACUGCUCCUGGACCCGGGGACUGUCCAUGAAAACUGACCCGUCUGCUUCCUCCUUCCAGGAGCUGGUUUCUUAUGCAGAAAAAGUGCUCCUGAGGCUGGAGGCGGCCACUUCUCUCAGCCCCCCGGGCAGAGGAGCAGCUCAGCCCUGAUGCUGGGGAGAAGACAGACACCCCCCAGGCUCCUCCUCCACGCGUGCCCUCUCCCUGCCCUUCCUUUCCAUGGGUCACUGUUUCCCCUGGGGCGGCAGGGAGGGUCGCCUGGGACCAGAAGGCACACCUCACACUCCUCUUAGGUGACUAAUAAAGAGGCCCAAGGCCGGUUUCUGCCUUAA